AAAACAGUGUGAGCAAACACUGCGCUGAAGGGGAGCUUCUGAUUAGGAGACCUCCCUUCGGCCAGCCAGGCCGCACAGCUUCCCAGCAGGAGGGUGGUGGCUUGCUCUUGGAGGCCUGGGACCAGCAGCUGAAGCCAUGGCCACCACCACGUGCCAGGUGGUGGGGCUCCUCCUGGCCCUCCUGGGUCUGGCCGGCUGCAUAGCUGCCACCGGAAUGGACAUGUGGAGCACCCAGGACCUGUACGACAACCCAGUCACCUCCGUGUUCCAGUAUGAAGGGCUCUGGAGGAGCUGCGUGCAACAGAGCUCGGGGUUCACCGAGUGCCGGCCAUACUUCACCAUCCUGGGCCUUCCAGCCAUGUUGCAGGCAGUACGGGCCCUCAUGAUUGUGGGCAUUGUUCUGGGCGUCAUCGGUAUUCUAGUGUCCAUCUUCGCCCUGAAGUGCAUUCGGAUUGGCAGCAUGGAUGAUUCUGCCAAGGCCAAGAUGACUCUGACCUCUGGGAUCAUGUUCAUCAUCUCAGGAAUCUGUGCAAUUAUUGGUGUGUCCGUGUUUGCCAACAUGCUGGUUACCAAUUUCUGGAUGUCCACAGCUAACAUGUACAGUGGCAUGGGUGGAAUGGUGCAGACUGUUCAGACAAGGUACACCUUCGGUGCAGCUCUAUUCGUGGGGUGGGUCGCUGGAGGCCUCACACUAAUUGGGGGUGUGAUGAUGUGCAUCGCCUGCCGUGGCCUGACACCUGAUGAGAGCAACUUCAAAGCCGUGGCUUACCAUGCCUCUGGCCACAAUGUUGGCUACAAGCCUGGAGGCUUCAAGGCCAGCACUGGCUUUGGAUCCAAUGUCAGAAACAAGAAGAUAUAUGAUGGAGGCGCCCGCAUAGAGGAUGAUGAACAAUCUCAUCCUACCAAGUUUGACUAUGUGUAAUGCUCUAAGAUGCACCUCAACGUGUGCAGAGGAAACCCUUCCCCAAGAAGAGCUCAUCCCAAAACAAGAACCGUCUACCUUGUUCCACUAUUGAUUUUAAUUGACAGUUGGAAGUUGGUAAAGCCUUAAAUUUCAUCCAUGGGGAGGCUAGGCAGUCUUGGCCACGUGUCUCUGUCUCUAACUCUAAAUAUUCCAUCACAAAACAACUGAGUUAUCAUUUAUCAGUUAGAGGCCUUAAUACUCACAGAUCCCAAUCCUCUACCUUUUACUAUAGACUUCUAAAUCUGGUAAUAGAAUGCAACUUGACUCAUUGACUGAUACUCUGAUGACUUAGACAAACUUUCUCUCCUCAUAUUUAAUAAACCUGUUGAUGAUCUAUUUCCCAGCUUGACCCCCAAGGAAAAUUUUAAAAGGGAAAAAAUAGAUUAAAAGGCAUUAUUUCCUACUAAUUUUGCUUUACCCACCCCCACAACCUGACUAAUAAAAGUAAUGAACACUGAUUAAAGAAAAAAAAAGAUAGAGGAGAGAUAGUUGUGAUAUCCCCAACCUUCCAUCUGAGUGGCUCACAUGAUGUCUCAAACAUUAUUACCCCAGUGGUUUCCAGGGGAGGCAAACCAGUCUGCUUCUCUUGCCAUCUGCUAAUUUCAACAAGACCAUUCCAGAGCUUUCUACCUGAGGUACUCCUUUUGUCAGAAAUUUUCCUUAGAAAGAAGUGGAUUUUUUUUGAUAACCUAAGUUCUAUGUACAGUUACAAUAAAUAGUACAGUAGCAAAAUGCUAUAUAAUAUCUCUGUGAAUUAGCCUUGCCCUUACAUAUGGGAAUAUCUAGGGACAGGUAGUUAUUCCUUGACUUUGUCUCUAUUGUACUCUUUAAGGGUCUACAUAAAUCCAAACUUCAUGAUAAGCUUGUUGAUUCUGUUUUCUUUUGAGGUCUCGACAACCUGAGUACUCAUAGGUGCUUUAAUUAAAAAAAAUAAAAACUAAAAAAAAUCAAAUUCCAAAUUCUAAAACUUUUUUUUACAAAAAAUAAUAGUGAGCCUGUGCAUCUUCACUGGCCUAGCUACAGUCACCACACUACCAGACCACCAGUUAACUGUGACACUGCCUAGGCCCUUCGGUCAGUUUUGUGGUUCUGACAGCUGCCCCAGGCAUUAAUAUGUUCUGUGCUGGUAGGACUGCCCUUUAGAAGAGAAAGCAUGAACUCUAUCCCAGUGUGCAGCAGGAAUAGGCUCCCACAAAAUGGGGAUAAGGAUGCUCAUGAAAACUCACCCAGGCCCAGGACAGCAGUAGGUGCUGUAAGAGCCUGGCCAUGGCAUUGUUAUGGAGGAAAGCACAGUCCUCAAAUCAAUAGUGCAUAUGAAAAUGGCCUCCAGUGGGUCGGUUAAUACUCAGGGCUGGCUCCAGGCUAGCCACAGUCCUUCCCACAGGGACACCAGUGGUUUUAAGCUAUAUUGAAGAGGGCCCUCCUGAAACUCAAUUGUCUGAGGAGGCAUAAAGGAAAAAAAUGAACAGAUCAAACAAUUCAAGAGAAGAGGGAAAGAAGGAGGUGGAAAUGAGCAAUUGACGGAGUGAAGGUUUUUAAGGGUCUUGGGAUCCGAAUGGAAGGUCAUCCCUUUGAGAACACAGAUACAGUGAGCUUCCCUGAAUCCCCACCUACCCACCCACCAGAAAGUCCCUGGUAAGACUGGACGCAGUGAGGCCCAGCUGUGUUUUCAGUUAGUAUUUCUCUAACACAUCAUUGGUUGUUUUGUUUUGGGGAUGAUAUUUUUUUGGGGGGGGUUGGUUUUUGAUUUUUUUGGGUUUUUUUCCCCUUUGGUUUUUGAGACAGCGUUUCUCUGUGUAGUACUGGCUGUCCUGGAACUCACUCUGUAGACCAGGCUGGCCUCGAACUCAGAGAUCCGAUUGCCUCUGCCUCUGUAGUGCAGAGAUUAAAGGCGUGUGCCACCACCACACAGCUUAACUCAUGAUUGUUUAAAAGCUUCCCUACAGACUGCUUUGUCAUCUCUUUGUUAUGGCUCUGUCUUAUUGUAUUCUUUGAGUAUUAACCUCCAUGUUUUGUUACUUAAAUAUUAAAAAUACUGUCAACUUCAA